UCGCCUUGGAUAAAUAGUGUGACCACAACAUUUCACAGCUGCUUUCUAAAGUUGCUUUUGAUGAAUAAUCGACAUACUACCACGAACAACAUAACUAAUCGAGCAUAAUAAUUAUCGGUCUUUCACUGGAUUCAACAGCAUCUCGCGAAUUGUUUUCAUUUAUUCAUUAUUCGUAACUACAAAUAAGAAGCAGCCAAAAUGGGUAAACGACAGCAUCAGAAGGAUAAAAUGUAUUUAACAUACACCGAGUGGAGCGAGUUUUAUGGUGGCAAAAAAACGGAAUCCUUGGAAAAUGAGCAUAUUAAAUUUAAACGUUUGCCAUUUGGUAAUUGUUGUAUAACCAUGGCACCCUUUGAGAUGCCAUAUUGUGAUCUCAAUGGCAAUGUCUUCGAGUACGAGGCCAUAUUGACGUUCCUCAAAAAGUUCAAAUUAAAUCCGAUAACUGGCCAAAAAAUAGAUUCAAAGUCCUUGAUUAAGCUGAACUUUCACAAGAACGCCAACGAUGAAUACCAUUGCCCAGCUCUGUUUAAGCCAUUCAGCAAAAACUCGCACAUCGUAGCCGUGGGAACUACGGGCAACGUUUACUGCUGGGAGGCGAUCGAUCAGCUGAACAUUAAGACCAAGAACUGGAAGGAUUUGAUUGAUGACACACCCUUCCAACGCAAGGAUAUAAUCACCAUACAGGAUCCGCAACAUUUGGAAAAGUAUGACAUAUCGAAAUUCUAUCAUAUUCGCAAAAAUCUACGAGUCCUCACCGAGGAAGAGCAGCUGGAACGCAAGGAUCCCCAGGGGCGCAUCAAAACAAUGAAUCUAGAAACGAAAGAGACGCUUGCCCAGCUGCAGAAAGACUACCAGCCAGCAGAGGAGAUUCCGUCCGGCUCGCGACGCACUGCGGACAAAUUUAAUGCCGCUCACUAUUCGACGGGCGCAGUUGCAGCCAGCUUUACGUCCACUGCUAUGAUGCCCGUGUCGCAGAUCGAGGCAGCCAUCAUUGACGAUGAUCUUGUCAAGUACGAACGGGUCAAGAAGAAGGGCUACGUGCGCCUCAAUACAAAUUUUGGUCCGCUCAACCUGGAAUUGUAUUGCGACCAAGCGCCUCGCACUUGCGACAAUUUCAUCAAACAUUGCGCAGAUGGUUAUUAUAACAAUGUCCUUUUCCAUCGAUCUAUAAGAAACUUCAUUAUACAAGGCGGUGAUCCUACAGGCACCGGUUCGGGUGGUAAAUCAAUUUGGGGUAAUAUGUUCGAGGACGAAUUCAAGCCGAAUUUGACGCACACAGGACGUGGUGUGCUCUCAAUGGCUAAUUCGGGGCCCAACACAAAUGGCUCCCAGUUCUUUAUUACUUAUCGCUCGUGCAAGCAGCUUGACGGGAAGCAUACGAUCUUUGGCAAACUGGUUGGCGGAUUGGAGACGCUGCAGAAAAUGGAGAAUAUCGAGGUGGACAACAAGGACAGACCCAUUGAAGAUAUCAUUAUAGAGAAUUCUCAGGUAUUUGUCAAUCCAUUCGAGGAAGCUGUCGAGCAGUUGGCCAAAGAGCGAGCAGAGGAAGCUGCCAGUAAACAGCUGGAGGCCACAAAGCUAGCGCAGCAAAAACGCCUAAACGAACCGCUCAAGGUUUAUCGCGAGGGUGUGGGCAAGUACCUUAAGCCAAGUGCACCUACAAAAGCAGAAUCCACCAAAGCCCCUGCAGCGAAAAAGAAAAAAACUGCUAAUGGCUUCAGCAAUUUCUCCAGUUGGUAG